AAGCGGCGGGUCCCUGGAGCGGCGCACGUCCGGCCCCGCCCGCCGCUCGCGCGCCUCGCAGGCCCCGCUCCGCUCCGCUCCGCUCCGCUCCGCUCCGCCGCCUCAUGGCCGCCGCCCUGGAUUUCAAAACUUAUGUGGAUCAGGCUUGUAGAGCUGCAGAAGAAUUUGUCAACAUUUAUUAUGAGACAAUGGAUAAAAGAAGGAGGGUUUUGACUAGGCUUUAUUUGGACAAAGCAACCUUAGUUUGGAACGGUAAUGCAGUGUCCGGGCAAGAAGCACUGAAUGAAUUUUUUGAAAUGUUGCCGUCUAGCGAAUUCCAGGUUAAUGUGUUGGACUGCCAGCCUGUUCAUGAGCAAGCUACUCAAAGCCAGACGACAGUUCUCGUGGUGACAUGUGGGACAGUAAAAUUUGAUGGAAACAAGCAGCGCUACUUCAAUCAGAACUUCUUGCUGACAGCGCAAGCCACGCCUACCAACACGGUGUGGAAGAUCGCCAGUGACUGUUUCCGCUUCCAGGACUGGGCCAGUUAGUGAGGAUUGGCUGCGGGAUUGACCUCUCUCAUGCGACACAAUGAAGCCAGCUGUAUGGACAGCCAUUCUGCAAGCGUGGAAACGCUCACUUCGUGUUGCGUCUGUCAUUAGGGAAGGUCUACAGAUGUCUCAGGGUUGAUCCCAAUGGGCAUGGCUUUAGUAGUAAACAGUCUGAAAAUGUAAGAGGUUGCUCGUGUUAGUUGAACCUAAGGAAAUGCUGAAGGCAAUGAGCUGUGUUGGAAUCAUUCCUAAAAUGCCUUACAUGCAGCUUUGCUGCCACUUACAGACUUUUUGUAUGUAAUUCAGAAACUCUACUAUUUGGAAGCAAAAUACUUGUAAUGUAUAGUUCUGACCAAACAUGUAACUGCUUCAGCUUGAAAAGAUCUGUUUUUACAGUAGCAUCUUACCUCUUUGGAAGAAGAUGCCUGUGACAUGUAUGUAGAAUUCUCAAAGAUAACUACUCUUGGUUGUAAGAGGCUCGGAUGAAUUGAUGAUGAUUUCUGUUCUGUGAAAGUAUAAAAUAUGGCUCGUGAGUGUGUAAUCUGUCAAAUAGUCCAUUGAAAAGCUAACAGUGGUGUGGAAGUGGUAUGAAAUCUUUUCGGGUUUCCUUUUGACUUGAGCAUCUCAGUAAUUUGGAUAUAGUUAAUUCACAUUGAUCUGUAUAUAGGGAAUGCUGAAUAACUCAGAACUCCUAUGCCAGCAACUCUUGUCAAAUGCAUGUGAAGGACUUCAGACAUUACUUUUGUUUGAAGUCUUAUACUGUAAGGAGUAGGCAAAUAACAUAAUUUCUGUCUGCCCUAACUGUUAUUUCUGCCGCUAUGAAGGAUGGACAAGUUUUGCUAUCUUCAGUCUGCAAGUUUUGAAUCACUAUUAUCUUUUCAGGAAGUACUGUAAUAAAAAAAAAAAAAAGGCACUAAAAGUUUGUAUUACUGUGAAGCCUACAAUUUUUAUCUACAGUACUGUUAAUUCAGAACAGGCUCAUUGAUUAUUGUCAACUUAGAAGAACAGAUCUGAACACAAGUACCAUCUUCCUCACCUACAGAUUUUUACUAUAGUUUUCAUGUGUUUUUUUUUUUACAGUUACCUUUGAUUAUGUUUUUCUUUUUUUCCCUUGCUUUAAAUUUACAGGAACUUUUGACUGCUUAAGAAUAGUUUUCUCAAGUGCAGGAUAGAAGACUCCCCAUCUUAACUCGGGAACUUGCAAAGUGAACCUGAAUAUAAACAGAUUUUGUUUCAAACUGGUAUAUUUCUAUUUUAAUCUGAGCAAAAAGUCAAAAUUUAGUUAUAUGUGAGAAUAUGCUUGCUUGUAAAUGAAAAUACAAGGGGAAAUUGUAAAUGAUAUUAAUACUGCUGCAAUGACAGCAGCAGCCUGAAUACACAAAGCAGUUAAGACUGCAGCUCACUUGGUUUCAUUACUUGAAUUGGAAAACUGUGAAAAUGAGCAAUAUCAAUUUGUCUAAAACUUUUGUACUUUGUGACACUGUCCCAUGAAUAAUGGGAUAUUUAGGUGAAAUGAGUGGUUUUGUUUCCUUUUAAGGCACUCUAGUCUUUACAUCAGUAAGUUGGAAUUAGUAACCUGACUUACUUCAGAAGCUGUUUAUAUUUUGACUGGUUCCUCAAGCUACUGUAACUGUUUUUUCAACCUGAAGAAUAUUAAUUCCUGCAAAACAAUGUAAGAAGUACAAAAUCUUUGAAAAUUGUAAAUACUGUAAAUACAUUGCUAUUUCUGUAUGUAGUGAAGAAAGGAUUGCUCUAUUUAAUUACUGUUUGUUCUUAACAGAAUAUGUGAGGUUCAUAUAUUUGUAUUUCUUCUACGAGUUUGAAAGGAAAACCCAAAAUCUGCCUGUUUCUUAUAUAGCAUCGUUGAACUGUGA